UGCGGCAGGUCUGCUCAGUAAACCGUUCACCAUUUUUUUUGUAUAGAGUUUUCCUACCACAACGGCCACUUUUGACAGCAGGAAUUGUUUCUUGCUCGUCGCAAAUGUCAAAUAAAGCGAUUCUUAAAAAGUUACUUUCAGGUAGCUUCUUUGGACAUUUUGGCGUUGUUUUGUAAGAUAUUCACCAAAUGUUCCGUGUUUGUUUCCUAAGGAUUUGUAGGAUAAAGGGCAUUAAAAUACAUGCAAAGCUAUUGUUUAAUAAGAAUUUGAUUAAAUACCUAUGAAUUUUUCAAAAAAGUUAAAUCUACAGAAGAGUAAGUUGUGUAAACAUUAAUAACACCCCUAACAUUAUUGCAAAGAUGUGUGACGAUUAUGAACUGUUUGAGUUUUUGGAAAGUGAUUUCAACGAAUCCAGAAUGGCAAAUAAAAAGAAACGUUUAAGGAACAGAAAAUAAUGAUCCUUUUGACUUAGAUGAAAAUGCUUUCAUCAAGGAGUAUAGGUUAACCGCAGACUUGGUGCACAAACUUUGUGAAGAGCUGGAGCCAAUAAUGGCAAAAAGCUCUAAAAGAGCAACUGAUUUAAGCAUAGAUGCAAAGAUUUUUCAAUAAAUUUGGUAUCCCUGGUGUGAUUGGAUGUAUUGAUUGUACCCAUGUUCGCAUAGUAAGGCCUAAUGAGCAUGAAGAUAGAUAUUUCUGUAGAAAGAAAUUCCAUUCUCUAAAUGUUCAGUUGAUUUGUGAUGCAGAUCAACAAAUUCUAAGUGUUGAUGCGAGUCAUCCAGGGUCAUUUCAUGACUCAUUUAUAUGGAGCCACCAUCCUGUACGUUACCAUUUGGAAAAUUUAGGGUCUGAAGCAACAUGGCUUUUAGGUGACUCUGGGUACUCACAACGAAGAACGAUGAUGACACCUAUUUUGGAUGCAGAACCGUCUGGUUAUAUGUGCUUCCGGUGUGUCUACACCGGAAGCAUAUUAUACACAAAAGCAUGUAAAGGCUAGGAAUGUGAUAGAAAGAACUAUAGGUCUUCUCAAAGCACGUUUCCGGUGUCUCUUGUGCCACAGGGUGUUGCAUUAUCAACCACAGGUUGCUGGCUUCAUUACAAAUGCUUGUGUAAUAUUGCACAAUAUUUGUAAUGAAAACAACUUGCCUGAAGUAAGGUUGACAGAAGAAGAGCAAGCAAGGGAAGUUGCACAACAACCACCAGUGGAAGCUCUUCAUGAACCAGCUGGGCAACACAACAUUGAGCUUCAACGUGGUAUAUCUACACGGCGGGAUCUUGUGGCACGUCUCUGGGCUCUUCGCCAUACCUGAAAAUCAAAAAAUGAAUUUUAUUGCAGAUUUUUAUUCAAUAAUAUUUCGUUUUUAAGAGUAAGUUAUAAGUAGCUAUGCAGGUAGUUUAUGAACAAUAAUCUUUUUCAUUUAAUAUUCAUCAAAGUAAUAUAGUUUUUUUAUUGUUAUUAAAUUAAAUUGAAUACCAAUAUUUUAUUAUGUAAAAGCAUAAAAGUACUUAUUCAAUUAGUAAAUGUAUAUAUAUAUAUAUAAUAAGUAAAUGUAAAUGUUAUGUUAUGUUAAGUAAAAGAAUUUUACAUGAAUAAUUUAAUUUGUAAAUUUAAUUUUGCUUAGUAAUCAUCUUUCUUUUUUCUUUUUUAAAAGUAGUUCUAGUUUUAAUUUUGCUCAUUCCAAAAUGACAUAUUUUAAAAUAACUUAAUAAUUAUAAUAAAAAUUAAAUAAAA